CGCCACUCGGACAGCCACACGGACGCCAUGCUCUGCGGCGGCUUCGGCAACUUCUCGGGCGCCGUCUUCCCCGGCUGCUACUGGGGCAGCUACGGCUACCCGCUGGGCUACAGCGUGGGCUGCGGCUACGGCAGCACCUACUCGCCCGUGGGCUACGGCUGCGGCUACGGCUACGGCGGCUGCCUGAACUACCGGCGGUACUGGCCCUACGGCCUGUACUGAGCGCCGGCCCCGGCCCGCCACCGGCUCCCGUCCCCUCCUUCACCGGCUCCCGUCCCCGCCUUCACCGG